AUGCCAGCUCCCUCAGGUCUCAACAUGCUAAGCAAUCCCUUCAAACUCUGCCCCGGUAGCGCCCUGAUCACGCCAAAAAGGUUGACGUUCACCCGCGAGUCUAAUCAAGUUCGUCGCAACCCCUCCGGCAAUAAACGCGAAGCAUAUGUUCCACCAAGCCCUGCUGAAAUUAGACUGAUCACCCGCAAUAAAUGUCUGAAGGCAAAGAGAGCAGGAAUUAUUCUCAAAGGCACGGCCCAAAUCCAACUUACAAAAGGCAAGUUCUGA